AAAGCGCCAUCAUUCACCCGAGCCGCCGCCGCCGGGCUCCGGGAUGGUCCAUGAAGAACCGCUGCCAGGAUCGCGGCCGAGCCCAGUUCCACCCUCGGGCCUGGAGAGAGUGGCCCGGCCGCCCGGCCCAGCUGCCCUAGCGGACCUCGCGCCUAUCCCCCCUGCCUGCCCGGGGGCGAUCGGGGACGCGGGGGAGGCGAGAGAGCGGGGCGGAGAGCGUGGACUGACAGCUGGCCCCUGCGCAGAGGGGCCGGGGUAGCAGGAGGGAGGGGGCUCGGGAGUAACUUUCCAGAAAAACAGCCAACGUGUAGCAGGAAUGACUCCAAGAGGAGGGGAGAGAAGAAAAAAAAAAAAAAAAAAAAAAGUUCAGUUACCACGUCGAACCAGAGGACUCGCAAAGUAUUUUUCAAAUGGGCUCGGCUUUUCCUGUGCCUGUUUAAAACAUUAAAACCGUGCAGCGAGAGAGGCCGUGUACGCUGGUCCCUCCCUCCCUCCCUCCCUCCCCCACCCCAGGCCGAGACGUCAUGGGAGGGAGGUAUAAAAUUUCAGCAGAGAGAAAUAGAGAAAGCAGUGUGUGUGCAUGUGUGUGUGUGAGAGAGAGAGAGAGGGAGAAGAGGGAGAGAGAGAGAGAGAGAGAAGGGGAGAGAGGGAGAAAAGGAGGGCAGGAGAGGGCCGAGCGUAGGGGACUCAGCCGCAGAGAGGGGAGACGCGCGCACCGAAAGAGGCUUGCGGAGGAAGGGAUAACGCUCUCCGGAGUCAGCUGCGGUGAAUCAGCUUCUGUUUUCUUUUCCUUUUGAUUUUUUUCCUUCUUCUUCUUCUUCUUCUUCUUCCCCUGAGGAGAAGCAAGGGAGAGAAGCCAUGGCCGAGAGAGAAGACAAGCUGAGAUGUUGACCGUGGGUCCAAGCGGAUUACCUACCGGAGCUGUCUCCAAGAGGCCUGUCCCCCGCCCCAGCUUGCCAGUUGCACAUAAGCUCUCAUCCCAGCCAAUGAAGAGGAGAGGCAGCGUGAACAGAGUCAUUUAGAAAGCCCCCGAGGAAGUGUAAACAAAAGGGAAAGCAUGAAUGGAGCGCUCCAGAGACAAGUGUGUCCUGCACUGCCCGCGACACCUUUAGUUGGGCCUGCCGCUGCUGCCCAGCCCUGCCUCUCCCCACAUACCCACUGGUGAUUUAAAUUUUUUUUCCUUUUCUUUUCCAUUCUCUCUCUCUCUCUCUCUCUCUCUCUCUCUCUCUCUCUUUUAUUCUCCUUCAGGGCAAGGCAAAGUUUCUGAUUUUUUGGGACCCAGCCAUGGCCCCUCUGCACUUUCUGUAAAAUACCCACUUUCUCGCCAUUGCCAAGCGGCGUUUGGCAAUAUCAGAUAUCCACUCUAUUUAUUUUUACCUAAGGAAAAAACUCCAGCUCUCUUCCCACUCCCAGCUGCCCUGCCACCCCUCCCAACCCUCGGCUUGCCCUCCACCUGGCCUGCUGGGAGUCACAGCCCAGCAGAACCUGUUUAGACGUAUGGACAGGAAGCCCAGCGCUCCACAGCACUCGGUCCGCUAUUUCUUCAUCCCGGGGUUUGCCAGCGCUUCCUGGGAGUCCUGAAGCGCUCGCAGUGCAGUGAGUUCAUGCACCCUCUUGCCAAGCCUCAGUCUUUGGGAUCUGGGGAGGACGCCUGGUUUUCCUCCCUCUUUCGACUGGGGUAUCAUCCUUGCCAGGCUUCCCCAGGCCCCUGGCCUUGCUCCUGGACUCACACAAGAAGAUGCACUUGCAAAAGGCCCUGGUGGUCCUGGCCCUACUGAACUUGGCCAGAGUCAGCCUCUCUCUGUCCACUUGCACCACCUUGGACUUCGGCCACAUCAAGAAGAAAAGGGUGGAAGCCAUUAGGGGACAGAUCUUGAGCAAGCUCAGGCUCACCAGCCCCCCCGAGCCGUCGGUGAUGACCCACGUCCCCUAUCAGGUCCUGGCACUUUACAACAGCACCCGGGAGCUGCUGGAAGAGAUGCACGGGGAAAAGGAGGAAGGCUGCACUCAGGAAAACACUGAGUCGGAGUACUAUGCCAAAGAGAUCCAUAAGUUCGACAUGAUCCAGGGACUGGCCGAGCACAAUGAGCUGGCUGUUUGCCCCAAAGGGAUUACCUCUAAGAUUUUUCGUUUCAACGUGUCCUCAGUGGAGAAAAAUGGAACCAAUCUGUUCCGGGCAGAGUUCCGGGUCCUGCGGGUGCCCAACCCCAGCUCCAAGCGCACAGAGCAGAGAAUUGAGCUCUUCCAGAUUCUGCGACCAGAUGAGCACAUUGCCAAGCAGCGCUACAUCGGUGGCAAGAAUCUGCCCACGAGGGGCACUGCUGAGUGGCUGUCUUUUGAUGUCACUGACACUGUGCGCGAGUGGCUGUUGCGGAGAGAGUCCAACUUGGGUCUGGAAAUCAGCAUUCACUGUCCAUGCCACACCUUUCAGCCCAAUGGAGAUAUACUGGAAAACGUUCACGAGGUGAUGGAGAUCAAAUUCAAAGGAGUGGACAAUGAAGAUGACCAUGGCCGUGGAGACCUGGGGCGGCUCAAGAAGCAGAAGGACCACCACAACCCUCACCUGAUCCUUAUGAUGAUCCCGCCACACCGACUCCACAGCCCGGGCCAGGGUGGGCAGAGGAAGAAGCGGGCACUGGACACCAAUUACUGCUUCCGCAACUUGGAGGAGAACUGCUGUGUGCGCCCCCUCUACAUUGACUUCCGGCAGGAUCUGGGCUGGAAAUGGGUCCACGAACCUAAGGGUUACUAUGCCAACUUCUGCUCAGGCCCCUGCCCGUACCUCCGCAGCGCAGACACAACCCACAGCACGGUGCUGGGACUGUACAACACCCUGAACCCGGAGGCCUCGGCCUCGCCGUGCUGCGUGCCCCAGGACCUGGAGCCCCUGACCAUCCUGUACUACGUCGGCAGGACCCCCAAGGUGGAGCAGCUGUCUAAUAUGGUGGUGAAGUCGUGCAAGUGCAGCUGAGGCUGGCCCGAGACACGGGAGGGAAAACUGCCACACCGCCGACUGCUGCUCCUUGGGAAACCAAAGCGACAGACCUCACCCUAGAGGCCUGGAGCCCCCAAGCCCUGGCUCCCGGCCAACGGCCGAGAGGGAGGCUUCCUUCUGGAACGUUUCUUUCUGCUAGCUCUGAGAAUCACUGUGGUAAAGGAAGUGUGGGUUGGUUAGGGGAAGGCAGACUCUUGAGAACACGGAAUUUCUGUGGGGCACACGGAGGUGGUGGGGUAGAGGAGAAGGGAUGGUAGGUCGACAGGGUGCGUGGCAAUGGGUCUGGGGCGACCCCAGGGAGGAGGAUGGGUAGAGUGGUUGGUCAGGUGAGGGCCAGGCUGGAAGGCACUUGAGCUCUGAGGUCAGCUUUGCUCAUUGCAGCACAUCUGUUCUAGGGAACUGGGAUGUCGUUAGAGGAGGCGAGCAUUUUUCUUCAGACAGUUUACCAAGACAAAGUCCCCCCCGCCCCCGACAACCCCACCCCCAGAACCAUAUCUUUGCACUGCCUGGGAUUAAGGACAAUCUGUUCUUUUCGAAAACUGUGUUCUCCCAUCAGUCAGCAUCGUGAGUCAUUACAGAUAAUGUAAUUAGAUUCUGGGCCAGCAGCUAGCUUCUCGGGUCCCUUGGAGAUGCUGAACUUAAAAGCAAAGGUCAGAACUCGUUCUCUCAUGUCUUCCCUCGGGGGCCCUCCUUUUGCCUUCCUCCUUGGUCAUAUUUCCCCUUGGACAUCUGGCUACACACCUUCCGGGUCAGGGUGCACUCUCCGGAUUCCGGGUCCACGUAGUGUGGGGCAUCAGGGAUUGUCUCCCUCCUACCCUCCUAGACCCCACGCUCUCCUGGUGUUCCUGGAAGCAGGUGCUGCGGGCAGACUGUCUGGGGAAGCUGCACACACCUGACAUGGUGACUCGGGCCCCGGACGCACAGACUAAAGUAUAAAGACAGAUACGAGUAUUACUCUCAAAAUCUUUGUAUGAAUAAAUAUUUUUGGGGAAUCACGGAUGAUUUCAUCUUCUGGAAGGUUGCUUCUAGAACAGUAAAAACCUCGUUC